UGAUGCCUUCUCGAGUUUCUCACUGCAGAGGAUGUGUAACAAUACACCAAAUCAGAAGGGUGGGGUGUUUAGGGGUUUUCAUGUUUACUAAAGGAGAGAGAGUCCUCCAGGUUGUCACUGCAAGCUGAUGGGAGGAUUUGGCUCACCUUUGGGUAUGUCUAGUCUUACUUUAUGCUCUGAGGAUUGGCUCACCCUUGGGUAUGUUUAGUCUUACUUCUUGCUCUAAGGAUUGGCUCACCUUUGGGUAUGUCUAGUCUGGGUUGCAGUUAACCGUCAAGAAAACCAAGAUCAUGGCAACUACACCUAUUGAUAACUGGCAAAUAGAAGGAGAAAACGUGGAGGCAGUGACAGACUUUAUAUUUCUAGGCACGAAGAUCACUGCAAAUGCAGACUGUAGCCAGGAAAUCAGAAGACGUUUCCUUCUUGGGAGGAGAGCAAUGGCCAACCUUGACAAAAUAGUGAAGAGCAGAGACAUCACACUGGCAACGAAGGUCCACAUAGUGAAAGCAAUGGUAUGCCCCAUAGUAACCUAUGGAUGCGAGAGCUGGCCCAUAAGGAAGGCUGAGUGAAGGAAGAUAGAUGCUUUUGAACUCUGGUGCUGGAGGAAAAUCCCGAGAGUGCCUUGGACCACAAGAAGAUCCAACCACUCCAUCCUCCAGGAAAUAAUGCCCGGCUGCUCACUGGAGGGAAGGAUAUUGGAGGCAAAGCUGAAGUAUUUAGGCCACAUCAUGAGAAGACAGGAAAGCUUGGAAAAGAUCACGAUGCUGGGGAAAAUGGAAGGAACAAAGAAGAGAGGCCGACCAAGGGCAAGAUGGAUGGAUGGUAUCCUUGAAGUGACUGGGUUGACUUUGAAGGAACUGGGGGCGGUGAUGGUCAACAGGGAGCUCUGGCAUGGACUGGUCCAUGAGGUCACGAAGAGUCGGAGACAACUAAACGACUGAGCAGCAGCAGUCUUACUUUAUGCUCUGAGGAUUGGCUCACCCUUGGGUAUGUUCAGUCUUACUUCUUGCUCUAAGGAUUGGCUCACCCUUGGGUAUGUUUAGUCUUACUUCUUGCUCUGAGGAUUGGCUCACCCUUGGGUAUGUUUAGUCUUACUUCUUGAUCUGAGGAUUGGCUCCCCUUUGGGUAUGUCUAGUCUUACUUCUCACUCCGGAGGUCUUGUUUGUUAUGUGCCGGCCCAGUGAUUUCCUUUCUCUGCUUGACACCAACAGCAACAUGUUCCAGAAGUUCCUGAAGCCUGAGCCGGCCCAGCAUGAGCCUUCCGAGAGAGAGGCCCGAAUGGCCGCCCUGCGGAAGAGGAGGAUCACGUUCCCAAGUUGCAGGCAGUCCGAAGGGAGCACCAUGACCUUUCACAAAAUCAACUACCAGGUCAAAAUUAAGACCGGCUACUACGGAUUCCGGAAAGAAGUUAUAAAAAAGGUUUUGAGUGAUGUCAGUGGUGUCAUGAAACCUGGUCUCAAUGCCAUUUUAGGACCCACUGGCUGUGGAAAAUCUUCGCUCUUGGACAUCUUGGCUACAAGGAAAGAUCCUAUGGGGCUGUCUGGUGAAAUUUUGAUAAAUGGCUACAAGUUGCCUGCACAUUUUAAAUGUAUUUCUGGAUAUGUAGUACAGGAUGACAUAGUGAUGGGAACUCUGACAGUCAGAGAAAACUUAGCAUUCUCAGCUGCUCUUCGGCUUCCUCUGACAAUGAAUACUGAGGAAAAGAAGGAGAGAGUUGAAAUGGUAAUCAGGGAACUGGACUUGGCUAAAGUUGCAGAUUCAAAGGUUGGCACCAUAUUUAGCCGUGGAAUUUCUGGAGGGGAAAGGAAAAGGACCAGCAUUGGGCUAGAGCUGAUUACGCACCCGACAGUCUUGUUCUUAGAUGAACCCACAACUGGACUGGAUGCCAGCACAGCCAAUGCUGUCCUGAUGCUCUUGAAAAGGCUGUCCCAUCAAGGGAAAACAGUAAUUUUUUCCAUCCACCAGCCUCGGUAUUCUAUUUUCAAAUUGUUCGACACCCUGACACUUCUUGCUGCUGGAAAGCUGAUAUAUCAUGGGCCAGCUGACGAAUCACUUGAGUAUUUUAAAAAUUUAGGUUUUGUUCAUGAACCUUAUGACAAUCCAGCUGAUUUUUUUCUGGAUAUCAUCAAUGGAGAUUCAACUGCUAUAGAAUUGAGUCAAUCCUCCAUUGACACUUUAGAGAUUGAUAGGACCAGCGAAGUACAGCAGACCAUUGCAGAAAUACUGACUUCGAAGUUUUACAAAUGUGAUUACUACAAGAUGAUGAGAGAAGACCUGGACCAGCUGUCCUUAGAAGUCACCAAAAGGAGUGAAGUUUAUAAAGAGAUCCCAUACUCCACACACUUUUUACAUCAGCUCAAAUGGUUGUCAAAGCGCACCUUUAAAAAUCUGAUCGGCAACCCACAAAAUUCCACUGCCCAGCUGGCUAUUAUCACUGGUAUGGCAAUAAUUUUUGGAGCUGUUUAUGCUGGAGUUAAAAAUGAUAUGGCUGGCAUUCAAAAUAGAGUCGGUGCUUUCUUCUUCAUGACAACCAGUCAGUGUUUGAAUAGUAUUACGACUGUUGAACUUUUUAUCACAGAGAAAAGGCUAUUUAUGCAUGAAUAUAUUGGUGGCUACUAUAGAGUGUCUGCGUAUUUCUUCUCAAAGAUCAUAGCUGACAUGAUGCCCAUGAGGACUUUGCCAGGCAUUAUCAUCACCAGUUUAAAUUACUUCACAAUAGGUUUCAAGCCAAAGGUAGAGUCCUUCUUCAUCAUGAUGGCCACACUUAUAUUAGUAGCCUAUGCAGCCAGUUCUCUGGCCCUCGCAGUCGCAACAGGACAAAGCGUUACAUCGGUUGCAAAUCUCCUCAUAAACAUUUGCUUCAUGUUUAUGAUUGUUUUCUCUGGCUUGCUGGUCAAUCUCCUAACCAUUUCCCCUUGGUUGAUGUGGCUGCAGUAUCUCAGCAUCCCUCGCUAUGGCUACAAUGCUCUGCAAGUCAAUGAAUUUAUUGGGCUCAAGUUUUGUAGGGAUCUCCCGCCAGGAGCCAAUGAGUCAAUCAUCUCGCAUGAUCUGUGCACUGGAGAACAAUACCUGGCGAGUCAAGGCAUUGAUGCCAGUAGCUGGGGAAUGCUGCAGAAUUUCGUUGCACUUGCAAUCAUGACAGUCAUCUUCCUGACAGUGGCAUACCUGAAACUGAGGUUUCUAAAGAAGUACACUUAAACAAGUAGGGUGCAUUUUCCUCCUCAGGACGGCAAUGUACUGUUAUAGUAAACGUAUAAUAUUUAUAAAAUAAAAUAACUCAUUAAAUUGUUUUUUUCUGAUUGAA